GGUUCAGAAUUGAACCGUCGGAAAUUAACAUAGAAGGAAGGAAAGCAGUUGCAGAGAUCGUUAAUGGCGGCAAUAAGCUUGGCGAAAAAAUCCGCAGUAUUAUAUCAUUAUCCAUGUCCAGACGGUGCAUUCGCUGCAUUGGCAGCUCAUCUUUACUUCUCUAACACUCGUCUUCCAGUACUUUUCUUUCCUAACACUGUCUACAACCCCAUAACCCUGGACCAUCUUCCACUCCAUCAAAUCUCUGAUCUUUAUCUUCUUGAUUUCAUUGGACCUUCUGGUUUUGUCCAUCAAGUCUCCUCUAAAGUUAACAGAGUUAUUGUAUUAGAUCACCAUAAAACAGCAGUGGAAUUGCUUGGAAUAAGUGACCAGAAGAAGAAUGUUAAUGCAGUGAUUGAUAUGGAAAGAAGUGGCGCUACCAUUGCUUUUGAUUAUUUCAAGGAAAAGCUACUACAGACUCCUAAUCAGAAUCAUAUUGUCACUGAGUUUAAUCGUUUUCGGCCUCUUUUUGAUUACAUAGAAGAUGCAGAUCUUUGGAGAUGGAGACUUCAAAAUAGUAAAGCUUUUAGCAGUGGGUUGAAAGAUUUGAAUCUUGAAUUUAAUGUUCUAUUAAACCCCUCCUUGUUUCAUCAGUUGCUAUCUUUGGAACUGGAGUCUGUCAUUACUCAAGGAUUGAUAAGCUUAUCAGUCAAGCAGAAAUUAAUUGAUUACACCCUUGAUAGGUCAUAUGAAAUUGCACUUGGGGGUGGAGCUUUUGGAAACUGCCUGGCUGUCAAUGCAGAUGCAGUAUCAGAGUUGAGGAGUGAAUUGGGACACCAGUUGGCUGCCAAAAGCCAUGAUCUAAAGUUGAGGGCUAUCGGAGCUGUUGUAUACAGAAUUCCAGAGCUUCAAAAUGACCAAUUAUUGAAAAUUAGCUUAAGAAGUUUGGGUAAUGAAGACACCACCAACAUUUCAAAGGAAUUCGGUGGUGGUGGUCAUCAAAAUGCCAGUUCUUUCAUGCUUAGUUCUGCAGAAUUUGAGAGCUGGAAAGUUGGGAAAAGUGCUUGAUGAUUGUAAAAAAAUUGACACCCAAGUUAUAAAAGUUUCUGCAGAGGGGAAUUGCCAUAUGUGCCGGCAAGUUCAAUAAAUCCAAGAAAACCAACAAAAAGUAAUAAAUGGAAACAGAAAAUAAAAGGGUUUUCAAUGAUUAUUAGAGGUAGAAGAUGAUUGUUAGUUACUGACAGUUAUUAGCUAAUAGAUGCCAACCAUUUGGUGCAAGUUUUUUAGCUGCUGCGGUUGGCUAAGAUGUUAAAUAACGGUCAAGGGUGUAAUUUUAUCUUCAAGUAUAUUAUGUUGUAUCUUAUAUUGUUUUUUUCUUUUAACGUAUUAUAAAAAUCAAAUAAUUAUCUAUUGAAUAUUUAAUUGUGUAAUAAAUAGUGUUUAUACUUACAAA